UUCAUCAGAUGCCUUAACUCCUAUCUCUGUCUCUCUUCCCCUCUGCGAUCUUUUCGAUUGAACGACAUGAAGAAAGUUCUGCUCGUAUGGCUCUUCCUAAUCAUCUAUUGUGAACUUGUUUCAAUUUCGAACUGUGAAAGCUCUUCGAAUCCGGAAACUAGAGAUGCCCAGCUCCCGGAGCACGAUGACAAGCUGUUGCCCGAUGGAGAUGGCUAUGGAGAAGUUAAUAUGGACAUGGACCAACUUCGCAACCUAGGUAAUGUCAAGCGGGCAAAGGGAACUUAUGGUGGUGGAGAUGUUCUACGGCCUCGAAAUACUCGUAGUGCUGCGAGUCCCAAUCUUGUUAAGGCUUCAGUCCUUUCCAAGGCACUGAAGCAUAUCGCUGUGGGACUACUCGUUAUAUCUAUCUUCUACUGAUUCAGGGGCAACUAUCGCAGUCCCUGAUUAGGAUUGAGUCCCGUAGCUUAUCUUCCUCUUCUUCCUUCUUUUGUGUUUUCAGUUGUCUUCCUUCCUCAAACUUUAUGAAAGACGAUUUCUUGUGUCUUGAUUCAAGACAAUAAUAGCAAAGGUUAUAGUGA